AUGGACCUGAAUAAGAGUCACAAUAGUGCUGUCAACCUUUUUCAGUCUCCUGUGAAGAACAUUGGAUCUAGGUCUGGCAGAGAGGUAAGAGUGGCAUUACCUUCCUAUUGUGCAUUCCUGAUUGUUUCCCCUUCUUCUUCCCCAGGUUUGUUAGAGUGCUGUGCAAGAUGUCUCGUAGGGGCCCCCUUUGCCUCCCUGGUGGCCACUGGAUUGUGUUUCUUUGGGGUGGCACUGUUCUGUGGUUGUGGACAUGAAGCCCUCACUGGUACAGAAAAACUAAUUGAGACCUAUUUCUCCAAAAACUACCAGGACUAUGAGUAUCUUAUCAAUGUGAUCCAUGCCUUCCAGUAUGUCAUCUAUGGAACUGCCUCUUUCUUCUUCCUUUAUGGGGCCCUCCUGCUGGCUGAGGGCUUCUACACCACCGGCGCAGUCAGGCAGAUCUUUGGCGACUACAAGACCACCAUCUGCGGCAAGGGCCUCAGUGCAACGUUUGUUGGCAUCACCUAUGCCCUGACCAUUGUGUGGCUACUGGUGUUUGCCUGUUCUGCUGUGCCUGUGUACAUUUACUUCAACACCUGGACCACCUGCCAGUCUAUUGCCUUCCCCAGCAAGACCUCUGCCAGUAUAGGCAGUCUCUGUGCUGAUGCCAGAAUGUAUGGUGUUCUCCCAUGGAAUGCUUUCCCUGGCAAGGUGUGUGGCUCUAACCUUCUGUCCAUCUGCAAAACAGCUGAGUUCCAAAUGACCUUCCACCUGUUUAUUGCUGCAUUUGUGGGGGCUGCAGCCACACUGGUUUCACUGCUCACCUUCAUGAUUGCUGCCACUUACAACUUUGCUGUCCUUAAACUCAUGGGCCGAGGCACCAAGUUCUGAUCGCCUGUAGAA